AUGGGUACUAGAUGCAUGGCAAUCUCAUGGCCUCUUCUUCUGGUCAUAGUUCAUGCAGUUCUAUUCAUUUCAGUAGUCCCCUCUCUAUCCCAUGCAAGAACACUACCCCCUGCUAAGGAAAGCACUCUUAAUGAGACCAAGCUCUUCUCCGGCGGCGGCAGCGGUCGGGGAGGUGGCCGUGGCUUCGGCAUAGGCAUAAGCCGUAACAAGUCAGGAAUCAACAUCGGUAUCGGUGGUGGAGUGGGAGGAGGGAUUGGGACAAGUCAUGGUGGUGGAGAAAGCGCGGGCGGCGGGGUUGGCGUCGGCGUCGGCAUCCACAUAGGAAAGGGUGGGGUGGACGUUGGGAUAGGUGUGGGCGGUGGAGGUGCGGCGAGUGCGAAGAAUGGGAGUGUUGGUGUGGGUGGGGGUGGUGGAGGUGGAGGUGGAGUGGGUAUUAAUAUUGGGCGUGGAGGUGUGAGUGUGAGCACUGGUGGUGGUGCCGGAGGUGGUGGAGGGAGUGGUGGUAGCGGUGGCGGGGGAUCGGGAGGUGGCAGUGGAGUUGGACGCGCCGGAGGGGCGGUGUGGCGCGGCGAAGGGUUUGGAAGUGCGAGUGGAAGCGGUGGAAGUGGGAGAGGAAGCGGGUCGGGGUCGGCGGGAGGAGCCCAGGGCGGAGGAGGUGGUGGGGGUGGUGGCCGUGGUGGCUGA